UUAUAUUAACAAUAUGUCAGUGCAGCUCUUGUAUUCUGUGUUUUCACCCUGUAACGAGGCCUUUGGUGUCUGUUAAUCCGACUGAAUAUUUACCUUUUCAUGCAGUUUCCACACGUCACGAUUCAACCAUGGAUCUUGUGCUGAAUGUUGCCGACUACUACGUCCUCACCCCGUAUGUUUACCCUGCGUCGUGGCCUGAGGAAUGGGCCCUGCGGCAGAUUAUCAGCCUGCUGGUGCUGACCAACCUCGGGGCUGCAAUCCUGUACCUGGGCCUGGGGGCCAUCAGCUACUUCUUCAUCUUCGACCACACUCUGAUGAAACACCCGCACUUCUUAGAGAACCAGGUUCAGCGGGAGAUCAAAUAUGCGAUGACCUCUCUGCCCUGGAUCAGCAUUCCCACCGUGGCUCUGUUCUUCGCUGAAGUUAGAGGAUACAGCAAACUGUACGACAACGUCGGCGAAUCUCCGCUGGGUUGGCCCGGGCUCCUCCUGAGUAUGAUCUCCUUCCUGUUUUUCACCGACAUGUGUAUCUACUGGAUUCAUCGCUUCCUACAUCAUAAGCUUAUUUAUAAGCUGUUUCACAAACCACACCACUUGUGGAAGAUCCCCUCUCCCUUUGCUAGCCAUGCCUUUCAUCCAGUAGACGGCUUCAUGCAGGGACUCCCGUACCACAUCUACCCCUUCUUUUUCCCGCUCCACAAGGUGCUCUACUUGGCCCUCUACGUUUUCGUCAACAUCUGGACCAUUUCCAUCCACGACGGCGACUACCGCGUCCCCGGCGGUCUGACGAGCGUCAUCAACGGCUCGGCUCACCACACCGACCACCACCUCUUCUUCGACUACAAUUACGGCCAAUACUUCACACUGUGGGACCGCCUGGGAGGCUCCUACAGGCACCCGUCGGCUCUGAUGGGGAAGGGUCCCCACGAUCUGAUCCGCAAACUUCAAGCAGAGGGAAAGCUGGGAGAUGACAGAGUGAAGGCUAAAGGGCAAGUGAACGGACACGCCCAGAGAGGAGUCACAUGUAAGGAGGAGUAACAUUAGGGGAAAUUACAAUUAGCUGCUGAAAGCGAUCACUAUUUUUGUAAAGACAAUGUGCUGCACCCACACUCAGCUAAUUUGAGAGCGUGUACUUGCCAAAUGAGAUUUUGAAUUCUAGUGGAUAAGGCGCCUCUGGACUGACAUCAUCAGAGGCGAGCUUUGGGACGCGACCUCCUCUGACGUACCAGUUAUGCUUGUAUCAGUGACAGACACUGACUAAUGGGUCACGCUAACUUUGCAUUCACCACCUCUGUUACGUGCUCGAGCCUCGUAUAACUUACGAAAUAAACUUGAAUUUCACAUAAACCAUGAGUCAUAUUGAAAACAAACAUAGAAAUGAUCCUCCUGCUUCAGCUGUUGUAGCUCACUGCAUAAAGAUUCACUUGAGCAACUAACUGACAAAUACACAGGUGGAAAAACGCUGACAUUUUUCCUUUUAAAGCUGCCCUCCCAUGCACAGGUAAGCUGGUGCAGUUUAGCAUUUUCAAAACCAACAUUCUUUGUAGCUGCUCUGUUUGGGGUUUGAAGAAAGUUGAGUUACUGGGAUAAACUUUGGCUCCAGUAACCCAGUAACCUUUGUGCAGCCACCGCCUGCUGACACUAACUUGAUAUGGUGAGACAUACAAAUCUGUUCUGUAUCUCAAGAAGUGACUGAAGUUUCUUGUUCCCUUGGUUUACAAGUUCUGAUCAUGUAGGUUAACACUGUGCAUAAGGACAAGACCAUAAUUACAGAUGAUCUUAUAUUUAGCAUUUUUAUCAGUAUGUUGUCAGUGACAGCUGGAACAUGCUUCUGUUAAUUACAUCACCUUCAUUUAGUUUACUGUCCUUUCACUUUUAACCAGUGCACAGUUACACACUGGAGGAACAGGGAUGCAAACAGUGUAAGAUGACACUUUUUUGGUUACAUAUUCAUCACAGUUCAUGUCUUCGCUCUGUCUGUAGAGGUGAUUGCAUCAUUAGUAUGAGAAUAAAGCACCUUUCCCCCUU